UUGCGCAGGCGCGGGCUCCGCCUCCUCCAGCUUGUACGCUCUAUAACGGUGAGCGCGCUCUCGCGAGACCACGUCCGCGGCGUCGCGAUGGAGGAGCCAUGCCCCGGCACUGCUCGGCCGCGGGCUGCUGCACCCGUGACACGCGCGAGACCCGGACCCGCGGGAUCUCCUUCCACAGGCUGCCCAAGAAGGACAACCCUCGGCGAGGACUCUGGCUGGCCAACUGCCGGCGGCUGGACCCCAGCGGGCAGGGGCUCUGGGACCCGGCGUCCGAGUACAUCUACUUCUGCUCCAAGCACUUUGAGGAGAACUGCUUUGAGUUGGUGGGCUUCAGUGGCUACCACCGGCUGAAGGAAGGCGCCGUCCCCACCAUCUUCGAGUCCUUCUCCAAGCUACGGCGGACCUCAAAGGCCAAGGCUCACGGCUACCACCCCAGCUCUCCCGACCUCUCCCAGCUCCGAAGACGCAGGCGCCGCUGUUCCACAGGUCGGGCCCCUCCUCCGCCCGCGAAUGGGCCCACCCCGGCCGACGUCCCCUGCUUCCCCGGGGACGAGCUGCCCACCCCCGAAGGACCCGCUGCCCCUGGGAGCCUGCCAGCUCUGCCUCCCUCGCCAGCCCCCAGUGGCCUGGUGAGCCCUUUUUCUGACCUGCUGGAGCCCCUGGAGCCCCACGGGGAAGAAGCCAGCUGCGGCACCUCGCCGUCCCCAGAGCGGGAGCCCUCGCCCUCGCCCUCGGAGGCCCGGCCCGUGUCCCCUUCCGCCUACAUGCUGCGACUGCCGCCCCCCGCUGGGGCCUACAUCCAGAAUGAGCACAGCUACCAGGUGGGCAGUGCCCUGCUAUGGAAGCGGCGGGCCGAGGCGGCCCUGGAUGCCCUGGACAAAGCCCAGCGCCAGCUGCAGGCCUGCAAGCGGAGGGAGCAGCGGCUGCGGCUGCGGAUCGCGCGGCUGCAGCAGGAGCGGGCCCGCGAGAAGCGCAGCCAGGCAGAUGCCCGGCAGGCCCUGAAGGAGCACCUGCAGGGCUUGGAGCUGCAGUGAAGGGACCCAGGUGGGCACAUCGCGGGAGGACUGGACGGAGAGGGACCCGCCCCAUGGCAUGAGGGCCAGGCUGCGGCCUCCUGGGCACCACCAGUGUCCGGCCAUGGCUCUACAGUAUUUCUGGUGGUUUAGGCAUCCCGUUUGGCCCCGCUCCUCCCGCCACCUCCAUGUGCAGUCUGCCCAACAGGUCCAGGUCCGAAGCAGGGUUUGGGGCUGCGUCCCAGGAGCACCCACCCUUGGCCUCCCGCACUGAGACCCCUUCUAUGGGCGUCAGGAGGGAAAAGCCAGUCAGAAGCCAGGGCCUUGGUCCCUCUGUUCUCAUGUCAAACCGUUCCUGGUGGCCAGUAAAGACACUGGAGACCCA